AUGGUCAGACCAGAAUUUAAGUUGAUAAUCGCCCAUAAGUUCAGAUUUUGUGUUGCGGAAUUCAGUGUCGCAUAUGGAAAACUUCACAAGCCGAUUAUUUAUCACCAAUACAUCGAUAAAACGAUAUGUUGGACCAUUCCAGGGUUGACUAAACAGCAAGUGGAAUUAUGUUACAAAGAACCAGAUACCACUUUAGCAGCAAUGAAAGGUCUUCAGCUCGCCGUUAAUGAAUGUCAAAACCAAUUCAAAUCGCAAAGAUGGAACUGCUCAUCUCUAGUAACCAAAGCUAAAUACCCCUACACUAGUCCACUAUUCAAGAAAGGUUAUAAAGAAACAUCCUUCGCACAGGCUAUUUCAGCUGCAGGCAUUGCCAUAUCCAUAGCAAGAGGAUGCAGCCAGGGAUCCUUGUUAAACUGUGGCUGCGACUCCAGAAAAUAUCACAGCAUGAUGAGGGAAACCGCAAACUGGAAAUGGAAUGGUUGCUCGCACAACAUUAACUAUGGAUCCAGAUUUUCCAGGAUGUUCCUAGAUAGGAGAGAGAAGGCUAAAGAUAUUCAUUCCAAUGUGAAUCAUCACAACAAUCGCUUGGGACUUAUGGUUGUCAAGAAUAAUAUGCAAAUAAAAUGCAAGUGCCAUGGUAUGUCAGGAAGUUGUGAAUUUAAGACCUGCUGGAGAAUAGUUCCAGAUAUGAGAAGUGUAGCAAAUAUUUUGAAUGAGAAAUAUCAAAAUGCCAUUCUCUACAGCCUGAACAAUAGGGGUUCCAGAAAAACUAGACUGAAAGAUAAAAAUCAACUAUUUAUACCAACCCAGCGUAAGAGGAGGCGAAGCAAUGAUAAAGAUAAGAAGAAACUGCACAACAACAUGAUAUACUACCAAAAAUCCCCAAGCUAUUGUGAUGCUGACAAUUCAGUUGAUUUUCCUGGAACAACAGGGCGUUUCUGUAACAUAUCUAGUGAUGGCCCGGAUAAUUGUUCAUCCCUUUGCUGCGGUCGUGGUUACAAUCUGUUAAGGAGAGUGCAUACAGAACUCUGUAAAUGUAAAUUUCAAUGGUGCUGUGAAGUAGAGUGUCAGAAUUGUACAAUUGAUGAAUGGAUUAGCGUAUGCAAGUAAAUAUGUUGAUUAUAGGUAUACGCGGAAUUUAAAAAGAGGGGAAAUUGAUCAAUGCUUGAAGAGUUUGAAUCAGUUUCAUUUUUUGAUUCAAAAGAUCGAAGAAAUUAUAAAACAAUUGUAAAAAUUAUUCAGGUCGACAAAGCC